AUGUCUACGAAGAACCACGCCCUUAUCUUUGGGUCAUCGGGGAUAUCAGGAUGGGCGCUUGUUAAGGAGUGCCUAAGCUAUCCGACACCCGGCACUUUCAGCAAGAUAACCGCCCUAUCUAAUCGUUCUCUGUCUACUGUAGAUACACAGUGGCCGAACGAUUCAAGGCUUCAGCUGGACAGCGGUAUCGAUCUCACCGGGCCGGUUGAUAUCGUCAUCGAAACAUUAAAGGAAAAGGUCGAAGGCAUUGAAACUGUGACGCAUGUCUUCUUGCUUGUCUAUCUGGACCCUGGAGAGGACAAACAGGCUCUAGUGAAUGCCAAUACUACUCUUAUAAGGACUGCUGUCAACGCCGUCCAGGUGGUGUCUCCCUGCGUUAAAAGUUUUAUUCUACAGACAGGAGGGAAGGUAUACGGACUAGAGCGACCAGAUGCUGUAAAGAUUACCACCCCGCUCAAGGAGUCGUAUCCACGGAUUCCCAAACCGAUUGCAGACGAAAUCUUCUAUUACUCGCAGUAUGAUGUGCUCGACUCUCUGUCUAAAGGCGCUUCAUGGACAUUCACCGAGAUCCGUCCUGAUGCGAUGAUUGGGUUUGUACCUGGAACAAAUGUGAUGAAUCUUGCUCAAGGCCUGGCUUUUUAUCUGAGCCUGUACCGCCAAGUCCGAGGCGCUGGUGCAGAAGUGCCCUUCCCAGGCGCGGAACAUGGCUACCGCCACAAACACACCGACACCUUUCAGGACAUUGCAGCGAGGAUGGAAAUUUAUGCGGCCCUGAAUCCGGAGAAAUGUGGAAACGGCAAGGUAUUCAAUAUUGCAAACGGGGACGUGGUAACAUGGGCGGACAAAUGGGCUAGGAUCUGCGCUUAUUUUGGUCUUAAAGGGGUUGCUCCUAAGGACACAUUUGAGGCACCGUCGGAAUUCGUCAAGAAAAACAUCAAUGUCUGGAAUGAUUUGACUCAAAAAAAGGAUCUCAAACCCAGUCAGCCAGAGUCCUACUACUGGCCGUUCUUGGACGUUAUGAUGAACAAGGCUUUCUUUGACCGUGAUUACGACUUGAGUGCCGCCAGAGCCGUUGGGUUCAACGAGACCAUCGAUACAGUCCAAGCCUACCACAUAGCUUUCGACAGGAUGAGAGCGGCUAGAGUGAUUCCAUAG